UUCAGGACACCGGCGAACAGCGACCUCAGACAACACGAUGGAAACAUGACAGAAAGUCCAUUUCAGCAUUGUGCGUUCUCAUGCAAAACAAAAGACUGAUGGAAAAGACAUCGAAGAUGACAAAUCACAAAAUCGGACAGCGGAAGUUGGUCGAUCGAUCAGCGUAAAUCAAUUUGCUCCGAAUUUAUUGUGGGCUGUUCAAUUCCCUGAUUGGGUAUUUACGUUUCUGCGAACCUGUUUCGCAUUUAUCUGGACUUUCGUCGUAGAAAUGCGUUUCAUAAUAUUAGUGGAGUUUGUGGGGUGUUUAUGUAGGCUACUUCAAGCAGUCAAGUUGCAGUAUGUUUUGCUCGUGUCAAACAAACAUGCGGCACAUGAACGUGUUUGAGCGCUCCUCCGUGUUCGCCGCGGAGAUGAUGGAGGUGUUUGAUCGGACUCCCACGGAAAAAGAGCUCGUCUCUCAGUCCAAGGAUCUUUGUAGAGACUUCAUUCACUCCAGACUCAUAAGGGAAGGACUGGGUUGGUCAAAAGUCGAGUGUGAUCUGCCCGAGCCACACGGAGCUCUUGUGGAUGUAUCGAUGGUGCUGCUAAAACUGGGUGAUGAACUGGAGAGUAUGCGCCCGUAUGUGUAUCGUAAUAUCGCAAAGCAGCUGAACAUCAGUGUAGCAGUGGAGGCUGUGGUGUCAGAUGCGUUUCUCUCUGUAGCAACAGAGAUCAUAGUCAUGGGGAUCACAUGGGGCAAAGUGGUGGCCAUUUACGCUGUAGCAGCCGGGCUGGCGGUGGACUGUGUGCGUCAGGGCCAUCCAGUCGUGGUGCACGCCAUAGUGGACAGUCUGGGAGAGUUUGUGCGUAGGAACCUGGUCCCAUGGCUCAAAAAGAGAGGAGGAUGGGGGGAUAUUUUAAAAUGUGUGGUGAACAUGGACUCUAGAGCUCGUGCCCACUGGUUAACAACAGCUCUGUUCACAUGGAGGCAGUUCUUAAAGACGAUGUACAUCUACCUGACGAAGUAGCCUUGUGCAGGAAAUCAUCCUUUUGAAUGAGAACUGAAUCUCCCAGAACUGUUUGAAUGGUCUAUUGUACUGGUUGUGGAGCCCUGGGGAGCAAACGGCCCCUCACAAAGGUCAUAGCACGUCACCAAGGUUCAACUGCACCUUAAUCUUCUUUUACCUUUUAUUAUUUCUUUAAAAUAUACUAUGCAUAGACUGAAACAAAUACUGUGACCUGACAUUGUGUGGAGGGGAUGGGAAUAUGUGCUAUAUUCACUGUUGGAGCUACAUAAUAUCUGUCAUAGUUUAAAAUGACCCAGAAAUAUGCUAUGCGGGUAUUGGAACUCCUUUUGUGCUGACACAUUGCAUGGAUUCAGUUCACUGAAAUUUUAUACCAAAUGUCUGUGGCAAUGAGUAAAACAUUUUAAUGUUUGACAAUCUUCAGAUUUUUAUUUUUACAAAAUUGCUUAAGAUGAUGCUUGGAGUGUCACUUUGCACUUUCAAUUUGUACAGUUUGUAUGGUGUGUGAAACACUUGUCACCAGCUGUAAACAUCUGAAAAUAAAGAUUUUAAUGUGUGAACUGUGGAUGAAGUUGAACAUUUAAGAGAGGGUUCUAGUGCUCAUAGAAAACCUGGAAAUAUCA